AUGGACGGAAGCGAAGUGGCUCUGGCUCCAGCCGAAUCUAAACCUCCUACCAAAGUGACACACCAGUACGUCGAGACUGCGCUGCGAAACCGAGGCAGUUCUCAUGUAGCUAACACCACCGUCAGCUUCGCCGCCUUGCCCAUCAUCACUGUGUCGGUAGGCAAGGAACAGAUCACCUACCAAACACACAAGGACAUCCUGACCGAGAAAUGCCGCUUCUUCGCCAACAUGUUCGACUCUGGCAUGUCCGAGGCGCAUACCAACCACGUCAAACUCCCGGAAGACAGCCACGAGGCUUUCGAGCAGUUUCUGUCGUGGAUCUACUUUGACGAACCGCCGCCACAAGUCGACGACGACAACCUUCCCUGUGCGUUGCCAUGCUGGGUUCUUGCAGACAAGUUCGGCAUGGCAAAGUGGCAGGACAAUAUCAUCAGCGAGAUCAUGGCCUGGUGGCACGGAGCCGACAUUUCGGCACGCGAUAUCCUCUGGACGUUGGAAAAUGCCAGCAGCACCAGUGUUCUCUUCCGGCUGGUGGUGGACCAGUUCGUCUACCAGGCCGGGACAACUUCCGAGGAAUUUCUGAACACAAAGGCAAAUCGAAAGGAGUUGGAAUACGUGUUGCUCAGAGACGAAUUGCCCCUGGUGGACUUUAUUGUCGACCUGACCAGCGCUUGCAAGGGAAAUAUGCGUGAACCGAGUGGGCAGGGGUGCAAGUACCAUGUUCAUGACGCAGAUACCAAGUGUCAGGUGAGAUCUUGA